UUUCUUUCGCAUCCGCAUUUCUUGGUUUCUGUGUUUUGCUCAAAAGGUUUGAUCUUUUUGUGCUGUUUGAUUUUUGUGGGCGUUUAUGUUUCGUUGGAAACAAGAAAAGAAGGGUGCUUGAUUUCAUGUUCAUUGACUAUUGUUAUCAAUCUGCAGUGAUUUUUCCUAAUAAAAAAUUAGGAGACUUUAAGGUGGUCAAGGGGUUGAUCUUCUUUUCUAAAGUUGGUGAGAAUUUGUACUUUCUUAGGUUAUAAUAGUUCAAUAGAUUUAUAUGACGAGGAGGGCUCCUUGUAACUUUCCUCGAGUUUUACAAGGGAAUGGAAAAUGUCCAAGAUAUAUCUUCUUCUUUCUUUUGAGGUUUGACUUUGCAUUAGCAAUAGGGAUUAUAAAUGCUUGUCCGUGAAUCGAAUCUGUAUAAGUAUGUUUUCUUUGUGCUUUACUUUCCGCUUUUGCUGUUUAGAAACUGCUCCACGAUAGAAAUCAUGGUGAUAGAAAUAAAUGAUAUUUCUUGUAUUAGCUUUUGAUUUCUUGGUAUGAGAUCAGUUUCCUUGUUUUCUUUAUUCAAAGAGGUUUGGUAUUUUUCUGCAAGAGAGUCGCAAAAUUGGUUUGUGAAUAAGAUUGUCCAACUUUCUCUGCUUACGGACCUGAGGGACGCUUCUUGGAACCACAAGAUCUUUGCUGAAGGUUCCUGACAGAAGAGCUGAUGUUAGUUAUAUAGAAUGGACUCUCAUUAUCUUGGAUAUAGUGUCACUGGUGCAGAUUUACCCUACUCUUCUUAUCCUACUGUUUCCUCUAUUCCAAAGAGACUGUUUGAGUCCUUGAGGUUUGAUUCAAGAAACUCACCUAAUUCGCCUUUCUCUACACCUUUUGAGACGGAGAGCCUCACCGUAUUCAGUGAAAGUCAAGAGCAGCAUAGUUCGAGUGAUAAUCUUUCUGAAGCCACCCCUUCUUCUAAUUCUUCACUGGAUUACAACAGCUACCUUCAGCAAUCAAGGCCCUCUCCCUUCUGCCGUCAGGAUAGUCUGUUGAUUCGUUCUGGUCUACCUUCUUUUCUUCCGAAUGCAAAUAACAAUCAUAACAUAAGGCACGCAUUGCUGGAACUAGAGAGUGCUCUUAUGGCUCCAGAUGAUGAUGAGGAAGUCACAACAUCAGAGCCUGCCUUAGGGGAAAAUACGCGGUCUCAAACACCUGGCCAGAGGUCAAGGUCUUGGAACCAGGAAGCUCAGGCAUCUCAUUCACGUCAAUCUGAGUCGCCUCGCGAUUCCCCAUUUGGAAGCUCAAGCAAUCAAGUUCAUAUUGAGAAACGCCGCAAAGGAAUGGAGGACUUUGCUUUACACGGUGUUCCUCCUAAUAAUCUCAAGCAGCUGCUGAUUGCAUGUGCUAGAGCUCUUUCUGAGAAUAAACUAGACGAAUUUGAGAAACUGGUAGAACAUGGUCGUGCUGCUGUGUCUAUCAGUGGAGAGCCGAUUCAACGUCUAGGUGCCUACAUGGUGGAAGGACUAAUAGCAAGGAAAGAGUUCUCUGGUACCAACAUUUACCGAGCCCUGAGGUGCAACGAGCCAGAUAGCAAGGACUUGCUAUCCUACAUGCACAUUCUGUAUGAGAUUUGCCCUUAUUUAAAAUUCGGUUAUAUGGCUGCAAAUGGGGCAAUUGCGGAAGCAUGCAAAAAUGAGGAUCGCAUCCAUAUAAUAGAUUUCCAGAUUGCACAAGGAACCCAGUGGAUGACUCUGUUACAAGCCCUUGCUGCUAGACCUAGUGGCGCUCCUCAUGUGCGUAUUACUGGGAUUGAUGAUCCAGUCUCAAAAUAUGCUCGAGGAGAUGGUCUAGCAGCAGUGGCAAGACGGUUAGCUGCAAUUUCAGAGAAAUUUAGCAUCCCUGUUGAGUUUCAUGCUGUUCCAGUUUUCGCUCCAGAAAUUACAAGGGAGAUGCUAGAUGUUAGGCCUGGUGAGGCCCUGGCGGUGAAUUUUCCAUUGCAGCUCCACCAUACCCCAGAUGAGAGCGUCGAUGUGUCCAAUCCAAGGGAUGGACUUCUGAGGAUGGUAAAAUCACUUUCUCCCAAGGUGGUCACUCUGGUCGAGCAAGAAUCAAACACGAAUACAGCACCAUUUCUCCCAAGAUUCAUAGAAGCUCUCGAUUACUACUCAGCUAUGUUCGAGUCGAUAGAUGUUACCAUGCCAAGGGACAGGAAGGAACGGAUCAACGUGGAGCAACACUGUUUGGCCAGGGACAUCGUGAACAUCAUAGCCUGUGAAGGGAAGGAGAGAGUGGAACGUCACGAGCUGUUUGGGAAGUGGAGAUUGAGAUUCAUGAUGGCAGGUUUUCGACAAUUCCCUUUAAGUUCUUAUGUGAAUUCAGUUAUCCGAGGAUUGUUGAGAUGCUACUCUGAGCAUUACACCUUGGUGGAGAAGGAUGGAGCUAUGCUGUUGGGAUGGAAGGACAGGAAUCUUGUGUCGGCAUCUGCUUGGCACUGAAGAGACGGGAGUAUUGAGGACACAUGUAGAUGAUGUUGUAGAAAACCUAGUUUCUUUUCUAGGCUUGCAUGAUGUUAUAAUCCCAUGAUCUAAUAGUUUUUCUAUAUAUAGAACUUAGAAGAAUAAUGUAGUUUCAAUUUUGAUACUGGAAAAAGAAAAUACAGUUUCACAUUUGUGUCCUCA